UCCUCUUUCUUCACCCCCUCCGAUUCCAUUUUCCACGACGAAAGUUUAGGUUCAAAGUCUGGGUUUCAAAUUAUUAAAUUAUAUUUCUUUUUAGUUUAAUAUAUCUUAAAUAAUUUUAAAAUAUGUCGAAUUCUAAGAUUUUAGGUGCUCUAAAGCUCCUCAGGAGCAGCAAAGAUGUGCAUUUCCUUACUGGUUUACACAGCAGAACUUUUGCGGCGGCAGCGGCGACCAAUGUUCACACGAAAUGCAAGAUAGUCAAUGGAGUUUACGUUGUUACUUUAGAUAGCCCUAAUACUAAGGUAAAUUCUCUAAACACUGCUGUUAUGGAAGAAGUGAGAAACAUAAUUAGCGAAGUUGAGUCAAACCCCUCCAUCGAAGCAGCUGUUCUGAUAUCUGGAAAGCCCGGCUGCUUUAUAGCAGGCGCUGAUAUUACCAUGCUCGAAAGCUGUAAAACAAAGGAAGAAAUAGUUGCCCUAUCAAAAAAUGGACAUCAAAUAUUCAAAAGAAUGGAAACCUCCCGUAAACCAUACAUAGCAGCUAUACAAGGAAGCUGUCUUGGUGGGGGUCUUGAAACAGCACUGGCCUGCCACUACCGCAUAGCUGUUAAGGACACAAAAACCGGUUUCGGUCUGCCUGAAGUAAUGUUGGGACUUCUACCUGGAGGAGGUGGAACACAAAGACUGCCAGCACUCACAUCGGUACCUACGACUUUGGACCUAGCUCUAACAGGGAAGACAGUGAAAGCAGACAAAGCAAAAAAAUUAGGAAUUGUUGAUCUGCUUGUUUCUCCACUUGGACCAGGUAAUGGUCUUCCUGAACAAAACACUGCCAAAUACCUUGAAGAUGUUGCAAUUCUAAUUGCUAAAGAUAUUGCAUCUGGAAAAAUUAAAGUAGAUAGAUCAAAGAAAGGUUUAGUAGAGAAAAUCACGGCAACAGUAAUGCAGUGGGACUUUAUUAAAAAUAUUAUAUUCAAUAAGGCAAAGGAACAAGUUAUGAAGGCUUCUCGUGGCCUUUAUCCAGCUCCUCUCAAGAUUCUGGAAGUGGUCAGAGUUGGCGUGGACAAGGGCCCGGCAGCUGGAUACGAGGCUGAGGCCCAGGCAUUUGGUGAAUUAGCAAUGACACCUCAGAGUAAGGGUCUAUUUGGACUAUUUAGAGGACAAACAGAAUGCAAGAAGAACAGAUUUGGAAAGGCACAGGUGGACGUUAAAACGAUUGGUGUAUUAGGAGCUGGUUUGAUGGGUGCUGGCAUUGUCCAAGUGUCUAUUGACAAAGGAUACAAAGUAGUCAUGAAAGAUGCCACUAAUCCUGGCCUUUACCGAGGAGUUGGACAAAUACAAAACGGCUUGGCUAAUGCCGUCAAAAGAAAAAGAAUAUCCGCAUUACAAAAAGACAAAUUCCUGUCAAACCUGCUUCCAACACUGGAGUACUCCAAGUUCAAGACUGUGGAUUGUGUGAUCGAGGCUGUAUUCGAAGACAUCAACAUCAAACACAAGGUGAUCAAGGAGUUGGAGGCUGUAGUGCCGAAACACUGCGUCAUUGCGACCAAUACCAGCGCUAUCCCAAUCACGAAGAUCGCUGCUGGCAGUUCCAGACCUGACAAAGUUAUUGGCAUGCACUACUUCUCCCCCGUGGACAAGAUGCAGCUGCUGGAGAUCAUCCGCCACCCGGGCACCAGCGACGACACGGCCGCGGCCGCGGUGGCCGUGGGCCUGCGGCAGGGGAAGGUCGUCAUCACGGUCGGAGACGGCCCCGGCUUCUACACCACGCGCAUCCUCUCCACUAUGCUCAGCGAGGCUAUUAGGCUACUACAAGAAGGAGUAGAUCCCAAGGAGUUGGACAACAUGACGAAGCAGUUUGGCUUCCCAGUGGGCGCUGCGACGCUCGCCGACGAAGUUGGCAUUGAUGUCGGCUCUCACAUUGCUGUGGAUUUAUCAAAGGCGUUUGGCGACCGUAUUAGCGGUGGCAACUUAAACAUAAUGCAGGACUUUGUGAAAGCAGGCUUCAUGGGUCGAAAGUCUGGAAAAGGAAUCUACGUUUAUGAGAAGGGCACGAAGAAUAGGGACGUAAAUCAGGAAGCAAUACAGUUACUAAAGGAAAAGUACGCUCUUGAACCCCGCGGCGCAAACACAGUAGAAGACCAACAGUUGAGGAUGGUGUCCAGGUUUGUGAACGAAGCUGUAUUAUCUUUAGAAGAAAAGAUCUUGCACAGUCCUUUGGAGGGUGACGUCGGAGCCGUCUUUGGGCUUGGUUUCCCGCCUUUCACUGGUGGACCUUUCAGAUGGGUUGAUCAAUUUGGUGCUGAAAAAUUAGUAAGGAAAAUGGAGGAGUACCAAGGUCUGUACGGCGCGCCCUUCAAGCCCGCCCAGACUCUUGUAGAUAUGGCGAAAGAUCCCAGCAAGAAAUUCUAUAACUAGUGUAGUGAUAUUAUGUGAAAAGGCCCUUAUGUAUUCCAUCUUAUCAUUUUAUGAGUCAACUCUUCAGUGUGUAAGUGACUGAAAGGUAGCAUAGCUUGUUGAGCAAGCUGUUCUUACUGAUUAGAAUGUAAAGAAGUAUUUAUUCGGAUUCGUAGGAAGAUAUAUCAAGAAUAUUAAUCCUUAAGAAAUGUGUUAAUACAGCUAUAAUGGCAUGACAAUCAGUUCUAUGUUAAGCGAAGAGUUAUCGUGGCUGUCAUCCUCAUCGUAUCGUAAUUUAUUAAUAAUUUCCUUUGGAAUAUUUUAUUUGAGAUUUGUGCUGUACGCGUUUUUAAGAUUCAUUCAAAUUUAAUA